UAUAAAUUGCUAAACCUCAUUUUACAAUUAAAUAUUAUUCUCUCUCCAACUCAACCCUUUUCCUUUAUUUCUCUCGGCUAGCAACGCCUCCAUCACCGUCUCUCUCACACAAAUGCGAACUAAUAUUUCCAGUGAAGAAGAGCACCCGCAAUAGGAGUAUAUAACGCCGGAAAGUUGACUUAAGUUCCGGCGAUGGCAUCGGAGGACGUGAAGACCGGUGAGUCUGCAGUUUCAACGAUCGUGAAUCUGGCCGAGGAGGCUAAGCUAGCAAGAGAAGGAGUUAAGGCACCAAGCCACGCCUUUCUCAGCAUCUGCAAGUCCUUAAUCGCUGGUGGAGUCGCUGGAGGAGUGUCACGUACUGCAGUUGCUCCCUUAGAAAGAUUAAAAAUUCUGCUCCAGGUUCAAAAUCCACACAGUAUAAAAUACAAUGGUACAAUUCAGGGCUUGAAAUACAUAUGGAAAACUGAGGGUUUCAGAGGAUUGUUUAAAGGCAAUGGCACUAAUUGUGCUCGCAUUAUUCCAAAUUCAGCAGUCAAGUUCUUUAGUUACGAGGAAGCGUCUAAGGGUAUACUAUGGGUUUACAGGCAGCAAACUGGAAAUGAUGAUGCUCAGCUUACUCCGCUUUUACGUCUUGGAGCUGGUGCAUGUGCUGGAAUUAUUGCCAUGUCAGCAACUUACCCAAUGGAUAUGGUUCGGGGUCGACUCACUGUCCAGACACAAAAUUCUCCUCGCCAGUACAGAGGAAUCUAUCAUGCUCUGUCAACAGUCCUUAAGGAAGAAGGUCCUCGGGCUUUAUACAAAGGCUGGCUGCCUUCUGUCAUAGGAGUAGUACCUUAUGUGGGCCUAAACUUCGCCGUUUACGAAUCACUGAAAGACUGGUUACUCAAAACGAAUCCUUUCGGACUAGUUCAAGACAAUGAGUUGAGUGUGACAACAAGGCUUGCAUGUGGAGCUGCUGCUGGAACUGUUGGCCAGACAGUUGCUUACCCUCUUGAUGUUAUCCGACGAAGAAUGCAAAUGGUAGGCUGGAAGGAUGCUGCUUCAGUUGUCACCGGUGAUGGGAAGAUUAAAGCACCUCUUGAAUAUACUGGUAUGGUUGAUGCCUUCAGGAAAACAGUUCGGCAUGAGGGGUUUGGAGCAUUGUACAAGGGAUUGGUUCCCAAUUCAGUAAAGGUGGUUCCUUCCAUAGCAAUUGCAUUUGUGACAUACGAGAUUGUAAAGGAUGUCCUUGGAGUAGAGGUGAGGAUAUCUGACUGAAGCAAAGAUGAGUCUAAGAGAUAUUCGAACUUCUGUUGCCAGAGAAGAAAGGAAUAUUAGGAGAAAGUAAUUUGGGAUUUAUCUGAUCUCCAGCUAGCGAGGGAAAUUUAGAAGCCAAGUUUUAGACCCAUGUUAAUAUUCCUCCCUUCAUACUAUCUAAACCCUUCUUAGCUUUUUAGAUUUCUUAUUCAUAUAUGCUAUGGCAAUAAGUAUUUGUGAGGAAACGAUGCACCCUGUUGCAUUUCAAUAGGUUUUUAGUGAAUUUAAAGUUACUCUUUGCCCAGUUCUAUCUGCGAUGAUUGAUUGAUAUUUUUUAGGUAUUGAUUUUAUGUUUCUCUCCUUUUAACUAAUACUUUAAUUUUUCCUUCGGUUUUAAGAGGGGAACUGAUCUAUAUAAUAAUGGUUGCUUUGUUGAUUA